AUGACGGAAAUUCCGAAGUCCUCAUGCGCACCAACAGACAGCGUAUGUGUAUGCACCAAUCCUCAGCUCAAUGAGAUGAUUACUGCUUGUGUUAUGCAAAGCUGCACAAUCCGUGAAAGCUUGACGACCAAGAACGUCACCUCUACAGCUUGCGGUGCGCCGGUUCGGGACAAAAGCAAGGCCAUCUCUAUCGCUGGUGUCUUAGGCGGAGUGAUUGCUCUUAUAGCGGUAAUCAUGCGUUUGACUGCUCGCUUGCCUCAAUACGGCGGCGGAUUCGGGCUGGACGAUGUCGCCAUGAUUGUGACAAUGCUUGUGGUGAUACCACUGUCAGCACUUUCGGUGCCUCUCGCCAAUGAUGGACUUGGUAAGGACAUGUGGACAGUUCCGUUCAACAAUAUAACGAACAUUCUCCACAUUUAUCUCUUCUCCGAGAUCUUAUAUUUCAGCGCUCUCGCAUUGACGAAGAUAUCCAUUCUCUUCUUCUAUCUCCGCAUUUUCCCGAAGCAGUCCUUCCGCAGGCUGUGUUACAUUGCUAUCGGCCUUAAUUUUUCCUACAUCCUUACAUUCGUGUGCGUCGCUGUGUUCCAGUGUCGGCCGAUUAGGGCUGCCUGGUUGCGCUGGGACGGUUCUUACCCGGAUAACUGCAAUAACAUCAAUGGGCAAGGCUGGGCAGCCGCAGUGAUUAAUAUGGUCUUCGAUGUCAUGGUCAUGAGCUUGCCCCUUCACGAGCUUAGCCAGCUCGUCCUCUCACGUAAGAAGAAGGUCUUCGUGAUGUUUAUGUUCUGUCUGGGGUUCUUCGUCACCAUCGUUAGUAUCAUUCGACUCCAGUCACUGGUUGAGUUCGCUACCACUUCGAACGUGACUUGGGAUUACGUUGCGAUCGGAUACUGGAGUACGAUCGAAGUACAUGUUGGUGUGGUUUGUGCCUGCUUACCGGCUAUCCGUUCGUUACUGUUGCAUAUUUUCCCCAGUGUUUUCAAAUCGACCACAAAUGCGGCCUCCAAAGCUUCCAUGUCUCACUCAGGAGCAGUCGGAUCUCGAUUGGAUGGUAGGAUCUCUCAAAGACCAAAGGAAGACGAGUCGGAUUUUGUCCCCCUGGUGGAUAUGGACAACAGCAGCCAGGCUCAUCUGGGCCACCAUGUCUGACGAAAUCAUCAAAAAAAAAGUUCGACAUUUGAAGAGCGUUUCAUUCCAUUCAAUUCUGUUUCAUUGUAUUUUUUUUUUCUUUGUCUUUCCGACGCGAAUACCCUUUUAUAUGCUCCCAGCGGCUUAUCAGCUGAAGUACUUGACUAUAUUUUUU